CCAGUUAGUAUCUGGUGUGACCACCAUUUGCCUCAUGCAGCGCGACACAUCCUCUUCGCAAGUUGAUCAGGCUGUUGAUUGUGGCAUGUGGAAUGUUGUCCCACUGCUUUUCAAUAGUUGCUGGAUACUGGCGGGAACUGGAACACGCUGUCAAUCCAGAGCAAUCCCAAACAUGCUCAAUUAGUGACAUGGUUAGUGAGUAUGCAGGCCAUGGAAGAACUGGGAUUUUUUUUGAUUCCAGGAAUUGUGUACAGAUCCUUGCGACAUGAGGCCGUCCAUUAUCAUGCUGAAACUUAAGGUGAUGGCGGCUGAUGAAUGGCACGACAAUGGGCACGACAGGAUCUCGUCACGGAGUCUCUAUGGAGUCAAAUUGCCAUCAAUAAAAUGCAAUUGUGUUAAUUUUCUGUAGCUUUAUGCCUUCCCAAAUCAUAACCCCACCGCCACGAUGGGGCACUCUAUUCACAACGUUGAGCUUGCCUGAGACCGUUUCUGGCAAGUUUGUGCCGAAAUUCUUCAGUUUUGCAAACCCACAGUUUCAUCAGCUAUCUGGGUGGAUGGUCUCAGAUGAUCCCGCAGAUGAAGAAGCCAGAUGUGGUGGUCCUAAAAUUUUAGAGAAAUACAUUUUUUUGUGCAUCUGGAAAAUUUCUGGGCUCAUAUUUCAGCUCAUGAAACAUGGGACCAACACUUUACAUGUUGUGUUUCUAUUUUUGUUCAAUAUAUAAGAAAACUUCCAGUAUCACUGCAUUGAAUGUAUCCCCCUUAGUGACAGCAGGCCUCUAAAUAUAUUACUUCUUGGAGGACAAUGUCUAGGACUGUGGGUUGUUUAUUUACAAUGCAGAUACAUGGUUCUACUGGAAUUAUUGAAAAAUGAAUUGGGGCAGGACUGUCUCACCACAAAUGAUGGACAAAUACUAGAUGCCUUGCUCGGCAUGGAAGGUAAAAUUGUUAUUCUCAAACCUUCCGUAUUAAAAUGGCAGAGUUGUGUGCACUUGUUUUAAGUGUGAAACCAGGUCAAUUCUGUUGCUAUGAGAAAGUAAACCUGUGUGAGUGUGCGUACAUGUUAUAAAAUUAAUAUCAACUGGAAUAAUAUCUAAUACCAACUGUGAUUACCAAUAAAAACUGUGAUAAUAUAACAACUAUGUAUUAGAAGGGUAUGUUUUUAGCCCUUUUCUUUAACAAAGGGUAUGCCAUAUCCUCACAUACCCCCUCAAUUCGAGCCCUCAGCGUCUUUCUGAGUUGAGAGCAAUUGAAUCCCUGCCUCCUUUAUCAUUUCACAACAACAAUCAAAUCAAGCCACUUACAUUUGAAUUCCAAGCCAAUGUCACCACAUGAGCGCUAGAGGGUAGCAGAUGCGUUGUCUACUAUGUUUAGACAGCGUUUGUCUGCUACUGCUUGCCGUAGUUGCCGGGUAUUGGAGGUCAGCUGGAGGAGGUGUGCGUCUGAAAUGUUUCGUGCAAAAUGUCAUGAAAGUACAGAAAAUAAAGGAAUAUAGCGUUUUAAACAAUUAUGUCAUUUACAAGAAUGUGUAUCGCUGUUGAGCGUGGAACUUCAAUUGUACAAGAAGCGAGAGAAACGAUAACAAAUUAACGGAGAAAUUCCUCCGUCCGUUUUGUCCUACAAAGAAAGAGGCGCCGACCACAGUUUGACAGCGCAGUCUAAACUGCGCAGGCCUGGCAUUAGAUAAACUGCUGUAGGGCGGCAUCAAAGAAUAUAUGAUAUUUAUGAAAGAACAAAGACUUUAUUGAUUUGUGAAUAAAAAACAAUUGCAAAUAUGAGGAAGGACGUGAGGAUAUUACUCGUUGGGGAACCCAAAGUGGGGAAGACGUCUCUGAUCAUGUCACUGGUCAGCGAGGAGUUCCCUGACGACGUUCCCCUUCGAGCGGAGGAGAUCACCAUCCCAGCAGACGUAACUCCAGAGAGAGUCCCCACACACAUAGUGGACUACUCAGAAGCAGAACAGUCAGACGAGCAGUUGUAUCAAGAAAUAUCAAAGGCAAAUGUUAUUUGCAUAGUUUACUCAGUCAACAACAAGAAGUCCAUUGAGAAGGUGACAAGUCAUUGGAUUCCCCUCAUAAACGACAGGACGGACAAGGAUAGCAGGGUACCACUGAUCCUGGUGGGGAAUAAGUCAGACCUGGUAGAACACAGCAGUAUGGAGACCAUCCUGCCCAUCAUGAACCAGUACUCUGACAUUGAGACCUGCGUGGAG